AACUAAAAUCCUGGGGCCGCUUAGUAGCGUCCCUGUUGCUAUGGUAACUUAUCGGGCCCUUUGCAGAGAGCGGAAGUAGAUAUUUCCCGCCAAUGUGAUUUGGAAGGAUAGAGAGAAAAGCGGGUUGUUGGCUUUGACUCUGGUUCCGAGAAGAUGGCGGAUAUUUUUGAAGGGCCCCGACCUCGCAUAGCCACGAAUAAUCUGGCCCGGUAUAUUGGAAAGCCUGUCUGUUUCGUGGGGCGUGUGGAAAAGAUUCAUCCAUCUGGGAAACUUUUCUUCUUGUCAGAUGGCGAAGGGAAAAAUGCAACUAUUGAACUGAAUGAACCUCUUGAUGAAGAGAUCUCUGGAGUCAUUGAAGUAGUAGGAAGAGUUACAAAUCAAGCGAACAUAGCGUGUGCGUCAUAUACCCAAUUCAGAGAAGAUAAAAGCUUGUUUGAUCUUGCUCUGUAUAAUGAAGCUCUGAAAGUUAUCCAUGACUUUCCUGAGUACUAUCCUUUCGGUGCUGAGGCAUGACCAACAACUUGUAUUACAACUUCAGAAAGGACAAUUCUUUGGUACCCAUCUGAACAGGAUUAUUCAAGAAUCGCUGUGAGAAAUGAGAUUUGUUAAAAUGAUCUUGGGACAAUCUGACUUACCCAAGACUCAGUACAAAACUUAUGUAUUUGUACUUGCCAAUUGACUUAAUAUGAGCUAUAAACCUGGUGGAGGAGGAAAGCCCAUAUCCAGUGAAGGCAACACUUAUCAAUGAUGAGCAUUUUAAUGUUAGACUGCUGCUCGUGUACCCUGGGAUCCUGGUAAAUAUAUGUAAAAUACCUAUUUGGUUUGGGAAGGGGUCCCCCGCCAUCUUUAGGUAGUAUUGUGUAUAUGAAGAUUACCAGAGAGAAAAGUCAGUGUGUAGGAUAUUUAAAACACGUUAUCACUUCAUUAACAAAUUAUCAUAUUUCAAUGACAUCCAAAUAAAAUGUGUUUGGUUCUUCUUUCA